CGACCUCUCCCGCCUCCCUCCUCCUCGCUCUACCCCGAACUCCAUUGACAUCCUCCGACCAGUCCCUCUCCUCGGCGACCACAUCAGAUCGACGACGGGCUCCUCCUGAACGGCGGCAGAAGACGUGCCUGCUCGCUGUUUAAUCGCCGCUAUUUGCUUCCUAUUUGAAUACUCCGGCCGAUCUGCUGCCGCCGCCCAAGAGGAGAGGGAAGAUCGAGGGCCCUGACAGGUGAGGUACGUGUUCUUGGUUGGUUGGCCAGCCGAUUGGAAGGGAGAGGAGGAGAAGGCAGAAGUGAGAUAAAGAAAAGAGAGAUGGCUGGGGGAUUCGGCGGCGGCGAGGCCGUGGCGGGGAGGGCAGAGCAGUACGAGGGGAAGAUCACCGGGUACUUCAUCCUGGCCUGCAUCGUCGGCUCCUUCGGCGGUUCCCUCUUCGGCUACGACCUCGGCGUCUCCAGCGGCGUGACCUCCAUGGACGACUUCCUGCUCAAGUUCUUCCCGGACGUGUACGCGCGGAAGCACGCGCACCUGCGUGAGACGGACUACUGCAAGUACGACAACCAGGUUCUCACCCUCUUCACCUCCUCGCUCUACUUCGCGGGUCUCGUCUCCACCUUCGGGGCCUCCUACGUCACCAAGCGCCACGGGCGGCGGGCCAGCAUCAUGGUGGGCGCCGUGAGCUUCUUCCUGGGCGGCGCCGUGAACGCGGCGGCCCAGAACGUGGCCAUGCUCAUCGUGGGCCGUGUCCUCCUGGGCGCCGGCAUCGGGUUCGGCAACCAGGCCGUGCCGCUCUACCUGUCGGAGAUCGCGCCCUACAAGAUCCGUGGCGCCGUCAACCAGCUGUUCCAGCUCACCACCUGCCUGGGCAUCCUCGUCGCCGACGUCAUCAACUACUUCACGGACCGGAUCCACCCGUGGGGAUGGCGCCUCUCGCUGGGCCUCGCCAUGGGCCCGGCCACGGCCAUCUUCGUCGGCGCGCUCUUCCUCCCGGAGACCCCCAACAGCCUGGUGGAGCGAGGGAAGCUGGAGGAGGCCCGAAGGGUGCUGGAGAAGGUGAGGGGCACCCACAAGGUGGACGCCGAGUUCGAGGACCUCAAGGAAGCCAGCGAGGCGGCGCGAGCAGUCAAAGGAACCUUCCGGAACCUUCUGGCGGUGCGGAACCGGCCGCAGCUCAUCAUCGGGGCGCUGGGGAUCCCGGCGUUCCAGCAGCUGUCCGGGAUGAACUCCAUCCUCUUCUACUCCCCCGUCAUCUUCCAGAGCCUGGGCUUCGGCUCCUCGGCGGCGCUCUACUCCUCCAUCAUCACGGGGUCGAUGCUCGUCGCCGGCGCGUUGAUCUCCAUGGUGGUCGUGGACAGGCUGGGUCGCCGGUUCCUCUUCAUCGAGGCGGGGAUCCAGAUGAUCGUGUCCAUGGUGGUGGUGGCGGUGAUCCUGGCGCUCAAGUUCGGCCACGGGGAAGAGAUCUCCAAGGGGGUCGGUACGGUGCUCGUGGUGGCCAUCUGCAUGUUCGUGGUGGCUUACGGGUGGUCUUGGGGACCGCUGGGGUGGCUGGUGCCGAGCGAGCUGUUCCCGCUGGAGAUGCGGUCGGCGGGGCAGAGCGUGGUGGUGUGCGUCAACCUCUUCUGGACGGCGGCCGUGGCGCAGUGCUUCCUGGCCGCCAUGUGCCACCUCCGGUGGGGCGUCUUCGUCCUCUUCGCCGCGCUCAUCGUCGUCAUGUCCGUGUUCGUCAUCCUGCUGCUGCCGGAGACGAAGCAGGUGCCCAUCGAGGAGAUCUGGAUGCUCUUCGACAAGCACUGGUACUGGAAGCGGGUCGUCACCAAGGACCCCAAGUACCAAGGUCACACGCGGCACCAGCGGCAGGAAAUGGCAGCCGCCAGCGCCUCCACUGUCAAGCCUGUUUCUUCGGAUGCUUGAUCCAUGCAUGAUGAUGAAGAUAAAAUGUUUCAAUAAAAGAUACUUAGAUCUCUUGUUCGUGACAGUUUGAUUAGGAUUUGUUGGACUCCAUCUCGGGAGGUGUGAUGCAUGGUAGUGGGUCAGUGAAAUCUUCGAUGCAAAGGUUGUGUGCCCGGCCCAGAUGUUGCCGCUGCAUGAUGCAGUAUCGAUAUCAGCUACACUAGGCAAGUUACAUGUUACUAGCUGAAUCUAUAAACUUUUUACAAAAUCUGUGUUGCAGUCAA